AUAUUGUUACAUAAAAGUAGAUCGUCCCUAUAUAAUUUUCAUUAUAUGGAUAUUGUCAAACUUGCUUAUGACUUGGAAUACAAUUAUAGGAAAACGGUGUAAGUUAUGUAAAACAGAUUUCCAGAUUUCCCUGAAUGGGUAGAACAGAACUGUUCGCAAUGGUGCGGGUGAAUUGCCACUAUCAUAUGGCUAGAUAGACUAGUCUGUAUUACACAGAUGGCCGAUAAGUUAUAGGGGCUAGAUAGUUGUUACACAAAUAAUUCAAAGCUAGUGUUAUAAUACCGUUAUACAUCGGUGCUAUACAAGAAGUGACCACCGUCUAUCUUGUAGCCGCCUGUGUUUAGCAAGAAUGCUAGCUAGCCAUGAGCUAGCUAAACCCGCGAACCACUUUGAGUGAUGAAAUGCUAUUACACAUAUCAGUUAGUAAUACAUUCUAUGUUAUCAUACUUCAUAUCCUGUAUCCUGAUAUCUUAUAACAUAAAAUCCGUGAACAAUCAUGUGAUUGACCGUGACUGCUAAGACUUGCUUGUUGUCAUGACCUGAGCUCCAUGCUAUUACUUUUUGGUGAUUAUUUUUUCUUUCUGCCUAUAUGUAGUAUGCCUUUCAACCUCAUCUCCUUCACCGCCACGAACGACAUCGCUGUGGUGCCAGACAGCUGGUGUGACGAUGGGGAGGUGUCCUGGCCAAGUUUCAAAAGCUCUGACCGAAUUAAAAGAGCUGUGGCUAACUGUGAGGAGCCAGAGCCAAACUGGCUCCAAUACGAUAUGCGGGUCAUCAAAAGCUGUGCCCACUAUAAGGAUGCUGAGGCGAUGCUCGGGUCCUAUGGGGAAGGCUGCAACACUUCCGAGCUGCAGACGGAUGCAGAGCUGGAGACAUGUCUGCCAUCUAAGCGUCCUAGGAGGGCAGUCCAUCGUUUUGGAGAUGACACCUCCAGCGAUGAGGACAUGGGGGCACCUGAAGGUGUGUCCCAGCUUCAAAGCUCCCCUAUCAUCCGAGGAACUGCUUCGAAGCAGAGGAUGACUCAUGGAACAGCACCAGCACCCGCACUCUCACCACCUCCUGAAGCGCCAAGAUCCAGCGUAGCAAGGCAUGGAGGAAUAAACCAUGAUGCCCCCUGCUCUGGUGUGUCCCAGCUUCAAAGCUCCCCUAUCAUCCGAGGAACUGCUUCGAAGCAGAGGAUGACUCAUGGAACAGCACCAGCACCCGCACUCUCACCACCUCCUGAAGCGCCAAGAUCCAGCGUAGCAAGGCAUGGAGGAAUGAACCAUGAUGCCCCCUGCUCUGCGUUUGAGGUCCAGAAAUUGACGCUGCUCCAGAAAAUCGUUCACCAGAACGAGCAGAUUCUGGCUAAAUUGGAUUUCCUGGCAAGCCGCCAAAAUUGCCCCACGCCAGAGAUGACAGGACCUGAGAUUUCCAACGUUCAAUUUCCCCUGGAGGACCUACAGGCAGUAGAUGCCUUUGAAGAUCUACUUAAAGACCAGGCCAAUGCCUCCACUCGACAGCAAAUUAUAUCUUCUUUAUCGAUAAUCGGAGGCCAGGACCUGAAGAGGAUAACCUGGAACAUCCUUGGUCGAAUAUUCGGGGUUGCUGUGGCCCACCAGAUAAACUGGAAGGGGGUGAAUUCAAAGAGGGCUUUCAGCCGGAUGGCCAUUAGGCCUCUUCUUUUCUGUGCCGUGAGGAAAAACCCAAUUGCCUGCAAGUCUGCAAUGGACGAAGACAUCAGCAAGCACGCCAUACGUUGGUUUAAUUUAGCUGGGGAUCGGGCCACCAGGAAGGCGAAAGAGAUCAACAAUCAUUAAAUACAAUACAUUAAAUACAACAGU